AUCUGCCGGAAGCGGGACGCGAACACGCAACCUGGGCACCCCCGCUCCCUCCUCCCUUCCGAGCUCUGGGGUGCGCUGCCCAAAAGGCUCCGGGCACUUCCGGGCGCUUCUUGGCGGGACCGGAAGUAGCGCUGCCCGGGCGAGAAUCUUGACCGCGCCGUCCGGGAGCACGGUGGCUGUGGAGCCGGCGCGGAGCCAGGCCGACGGGACGGGCACGCGCGGGCGGGCGGCGAGAUGGCGACGGGCGCGGACGUGCGGGACAUCCUGGAGCUGGGCGGCGUGGAGUCGGAGAACACGGGCACCAUCAACAAGAAGGACAUCAUCAACUCAGAUAAGAAAAAAUCCAAGAAAUCUUCAGAGACGUUGACAUUUAAGAGGCCGGAGGGAAUGCACCGAGAAGUUUAUGCACUCCUCUACUCUGACAAAAAGGAUGCACCUCCACUGCUACCAAGUGAUACAACUCAGGGUUAUCGAACAGUCAAAGCAAAACUGGGGUCCAAGAAAGUUCGCCCUUGGAAAUGGAUGCCCUUUACCAACCCAGCAAGAAAAGAUGGAGCCAUGUUCUACCACUGGAGGAGAGCAGCAGAGGAAGGGAAAGACUACCCUUUUGCCAGGUUCAAUAAAACAGUGCAGGUACCUGUCUACUCGGAGCAGGAAUAUCAGAUGUAUCUACAUGACGAUGCAUGGACCAAAGCUGAGACAGACCACCUCUUUGACCUGGCUCGGCGUUUUGACCUGCGCUUUGUGGUGAUUCAUGACCGCUAUGAUCACCAGCAGUUCAAGAAAAGGUCGGUGGAGGACCUGAAGGAACGCUAUUACCACAUCUGUGCCAAAUUGGCUAAUAUUCGUGCUGCUCCAGGCACAGACCUGAAAAUCCCAGUCUUUGAUGCUGGCCAUGAGAGACGGAGGAAGGAACAACUGGAAAGACUGUACAAUAGGACACCAGAGCAGGUGGCAGAAGAAGAAUAUCUCAUCCAGGAGCUCCGCAAAAUCGAAACUAGGAAGAAAGAAAGAGAAAAGAGAACCCAAGACCUGCAGAAACUCAUCACAGCUGCUGACACCACCACUGAGCAGAGACGGGCUGAGCGCAAGGCUCCUAAGAAGAAGCUGCCACAGAAGAAGGAGACAGAGAAGCCUGCUGUUCCUGAGACUGCUGGCAUCAAGUUUCCCGACUUCAAAUCUGCAGGUGUCACGCUCCGGAGCCAGAGGAUGAAACUGCCAAGCUCGGUGGGACAGAAGAAGAUUAAAGCCCUGGAGCAGAUGCUGAUGGAACUCGGAGUAGAUCUCAACCCCAUGCCCACGGAGGAGAUCGUGCAGAUGUUCAAUGAGCUGCGGAGUGACCUGGUGCUGCUGUAUGAGUUGAAGCAGGCCUUUGCCAACUGCGAAUAUGAGCUGCAGAUGUUACGGCACCGAUAUGAGGCCCUGGCCAAGGCUGGUAGUAUUGGCCCCCUCAGUGUGGAAGGCACCCAUCCGGACGGCCAGGCAGGGCUCGGCAUCGAGGAGGGCAAGGGAGAUUCCAAGGACCAGAUCAUUGAUGUAGUAGGAGCACCACUGACCCCCAACUCGGUGAGAAGGAAGGUUGGGGGGGCAGAACAGGGAGCACUCAGGUCUCCGACACAGAUGCCCUGACAAGUGCUGGGGACGCUGCCCUGCUCUCCCUCGAGGCUUGCGCGUCCAAGGAAGCACAGCAUGCCUGUUUCCCCAAGUCCCAGUGCUGCUCUCUGGGCAUGUCUUUUAUGCUGGACAAUGUUCUUGGUGCUAUAGGUGGGGUCAGCAGGGCUUUCUACAUCCUGCAUGCAGACAGAUGGCUUGACAUGGGUGCCACCACAGACAAAAGCAGUGAGGCCUUGGGUGAUGCAAGCUUGUACCAGGGCAGAAACAGUGAUGCCAGUACAGCUGCAGGUACUUCCCUCCCAGACACAGCCCCAUGAGGGCUGCUCAGCAAAGAGAAGUGAGCAGGAAUAGCAGCCCUGAGAUGAUGAGCCAUGCCCUACUCAAGUUCCUGGAGUCAAGCAGUAGCCCUGUCUGGGGUAGGAGGCUUGGGAAGGAGAGAGGUAUUUGAAGAACCAAGGAGGUGUUUUUAUACCACCCUUCCAGAGCCGAGAAAGGAAAGCCAGACUUCAGGGUUCUGGAGGCCACCCUAGCUUCCACCAAGAGCCGUGUGGCAGCAUCCUGGGCGCGUGCACAUCACCAGCCCUCUUCUCCAUGCCUCCAUGAGGGUAGGCUACCUGCCCCUUACCGCUGCAUCAGGCCCAAGGAUAUACCUGGGGGUCAGCCAAGGUUGCUUCCCCACUGUGCAGUCCCCUUGCACAGCUGAGCUGAACUGCCUGAUAAAAACCCGCCCAUCUCCGCAUACCGGCAUCCCUGACGCCUCAGAUAUACUGCCCCCAGUAGCAGCAGCACAGACCUUUACUUUCUAAAAUGUGUAAUGUAUUGCAGGAUAUUGAGAACACCUUAUCUGUCAAUGACAGAGGUGACACAUUAAUCUGGACUUGAGUAAUGUCCUAUUCAAUUGUGACAAUAUGGAGUCGUAAGGAAGUGUUCUAUGGAGACAGGUUCAUGUUUGCAAAGGCGUCUUCUGAGUUUUUUCACUGCAUUCAAUCCACCACCCCCACAAAAAUGCCGAGGUCUGGAGGGGUCUGUUGCAAACCUUUCAGGCUGAUUCACAGCACACUCUCUCUCCCUUGAGACUUUGCUUGUUGGGAAGUUGGGGGACAUGGUGGUGAUGGCUGCAGAAGAAGGGGGCCCCAGUGUGUUUCCAGCCAUGUUCUUCCUCAGCACCACCUCCUGGAACUGGGAACAAAGAGGUGGCCCGAGGCAGCACAGAGAGGGUUAAAGUGACCUGGUCUCUGACAUAUUUGAAAGAAAUAUAAUCAAGUUAAUUCACUGCAAGGCAAAUUCAGUACCUAAAGGGCCUCCAUGUUAAAUACAGCACUGACCUUUACCGGCUGAUUACACAAAGACGACACAAUUAGAUUAGUCCAAGACAAAAGGUCAAGCACAUUCACACUGUGACCAUUUUAUGCUACCUUUUGAGGGGGGAAAAAAUUACAUCCCAGCUGGAGGGGUAUCUUGGAGAGGAGGGGAAUGGGGCUGCCAUACGAUGUUCUGCCUGGCCCAGGUAUGUUGGGAGUCGGGCUCAGCCUAGCACUUCACUUGCCUUGUCCCUUUUUCGCUGCCCUAAUCAGUGAGGUCAUAUAAGAAACCAGUAGCCUGUGGUCCACCAGCAGCUUUUCCAAUGAGGGACUGAAUUGAGUGGUGACAGUGUGUGCUUUCUGCCAAGACUGCUGACAUUCCCUGCCUGGCCAAGAGCUUGCAGGAGCAGCCCCAGUGCCUCUUGCUCGGUGUUGCAGUUAAGAGCAGCAGGCUGGAAUCAGCCCUGAGAAGGAGGAUGACUGGGGAAGGUGCUGGUGGAGUGCCUAUGAGUGUCCCCAUCCUGCAUGGCUGUAACCUUGAGAUGUCCCAGGAUCAGGUGCCUGGUGUGAUGGGAAUGGUGCAGGAGGCAGUAGGCCCAGGACAUAGUGCUGCAAAGGCCAUUUCCUGUGUAAGCCUGUGCAUGCCCUGUGCACGCCCUGUGCACGGCCCCAGGAGCCCCAGCCUUUUUGCCUACCCAUGGUGCUCUCAGAGUGAGAGUGGCAGUAUUGGUAGUGCAAAGAGCAGAGCAAGUGUUCUGCUGAGGGAGAUCCAGCCUGUCUGCUCAGCAGGCGUGUGCCAGCACAGGGGUGCUCGUGCUCUGUAGUGGUCUUUCUCUCCCUCACCUCCUGCAGCCCUGGCUGCGAGUGUUUCUGUGAGGGAUACCUUGCCCUUCCCUUUCCAAGGCUGCUUCAGUGGUUUAACCUAGCCACCCUAGCCUUGAACUCCCAAGUUCAAGCACCUGCUUUGCUUCUGAGCUGCCAGGGGCCCUCAGGGGAAUCAUUUAAUCUCCCUGCUUCAAAUCCCUCUGAGUUAAAUAGAGAAUCCCUUUGUGCUGUUGAGUGCUGCCCAUCCAUGGCACUCCACACGUUGGAUUAAGCAUGGAUUAGCUCAGUCUCCAAACCAGCUGCUCCUCUGAAGCCAGAUUUGUUUCCCCAGAGAGUGUCUUGUUCCAGGUGUUGGAGGCAUGGAGUAUAAAGCCAGGAGGCUGACUAUGAGUCAUGACUCCCAAGUCCUGCCUGGAAACCUAGCUUCCUUUGCAGGAAUUGGUGUUAAUGAGCAAAGCCACCCCAAAGUCCUGAGAUGUUGGCUGUGGGAGCAGCUGGCUGCCACCACCCCCCCAGGCAGUGCUCUCAGCCUGUGGACAGGGACACCCUCCUUAGCAGGGUGUUUCUCCAGCUCAGUCCUUGCCCUGGGGAUAGGCAGAAGCAGCCAUCGCUGGGGAGCAUCCAGCCCCCCAGCAGCACUGCCUGUUAGAGAUGCCGGCCCUUGGCCUUACUGCUAGCCCUGGAAGCCUCUCGUGUCUGCAUCAAGCACCCGUGGGUGCGCUACAGCUCCACACAGAGGAGCAUGUGCUUUUAGCCUGGGUUGAAAGAGGUGCCUGCAUAUCUUGGUGGCAAGAUGCUGUUGCCAGCGUGAAGCCCAUCACUGUUCUGCCCUGCUGUGUCCAUGCAUCCCUCCUUCUUUGGCUGCCUGUCCAUCCUCUCCUAGGGGCUGUGGUGCUCAUUGCUGACCAUUAAAGCAGAGCUGAGAUCCCCCCAGUGCCAUGUGCUGCUGACCCCGGUAGGGACUUUACUCGGGGCCUUUGGGAGGUGAAAGGUGAGCCGAACGCGGAACAAAUUAGUUCCAAGCAGAAGUUCAGCCAGUUACUCCAGAUUGGAUCCUUUGAUUUCUGCAACUCAGACUCCACUCAGUGAUCUGUAAUGAGUGACUCUCAGAAAUCCUCACAUUGCAGCACUUUGUUCCUGAGCUCACAAGUCAGCCCAUUAAUGGGUAAAGGAAAAGACCUUAAGUCUAAGAAGUCUCGGGUUCAGAGUCAGAAUUAUUUGACUUUUAAGCUUCCUUUAUCUGAACUCCUGCUGACUUCUUGUUUUCUGAGCCUGUUUGAAAGCCAGAAGUUACAUUGUUAACAUCAAACAUUCUCUCUUUCCAGAUGGAGUUACAAUAUCUGUCUUUAUAUAUAUAUAUAUAUAUAUAUAUAUAUAUUUUAAUAUAUAUAUAGUGUAUAUAUACUAGGGUGUAUAUAUAUUCCUCUCUCUUUUUUUUUUAAUCGUUCUUCCCAUUAAAAGAAACUAGACUUGUAGGCUCUUGUAAAUUAUAAUGUAAAACAUUUUUUUUAACCAGACAGUUCCCAAUUUUGCCCAAGGCAACUGGAAUAGCUGCGCCACAGAAGGCAAUAGGAAGGUGAUUAAUAUGAAUUUGUGACAUAUUUGAAAGAUGGGUCUUUUGCCAUAUAAAGAUUAUCAAACACA